GGGGCGAGCGCGGCGGACGCGGGCCCCGGGCCGAGCGCCAUGUCUUUCCGCGACCUCCGCAAUUUUACCGAGAUGAUGAGAGCCUUGGGGUACCCUCGACACAUUUCUAUGGAAAAUUUCCGCACACCGAAUUUCGGACUUGUAUCUGAAGUGCUUCUCUGGCUUGUGAAAAGGUAUGAACCGCAGACUGACAUCCCUUCUGAUGUCGAGAGUGAACAGGACCGAGUUUUCUUCAUUAAGGCGAUUGCCCAGUUCAUGGCCACCAAGGCACAUAUAAAACUCAAUACCAAGAAGCUUUAUCAAGCAGAUGGAUAUGCAGUGAAAGAACUACUGAAGAUCACCUCUGUGCUUUAUAAUGCCAUGAAGACCAAAGGCCUAGAGGGCUCUAAAAUAGGAGAGGAAGACAUCAGCAAGUUCAAGUUUGAUCUUGGCUCAAAGAUUGCAGAUUUGAAAGCAGCCAGGCAGCUCGCUUCUGAAAUCACCUCCAAAGGCGCGUCUCUGUAUGACCUGCUGGGCAAGGAGGUGGAGCUCAGGGAACUGAGAACAGAAGCAAUUGCCAGACCUCUGGAAAUAAAUGAGACUGAAAAAGUGAUGAGAAUUGCAAUAAAAGAUAUUUUGGCCCAGGUUCAGAAGACUAAAGACCUGCUCAGCAAUGUGGCCUCUGACGAAGCUAAUCUGGAAGCCAAAAUUGAAAAGAGAAAAUUAGAACUGGAAAGAAACCGCAAGCGAUUGCAGACCUUGCAGAGCGUCAGGCCGGCAUUUAUGGACGAGUAUGAGAAGAUUGAGGAAGAACUGCAAAAGCAGUAUGAUGUUUAUUUAGAGAAAUUUCGCAAUCUGACUUACCUGGAACAGCAGCUGGAAGACCAUCACCGGCUGGAGCAGGAGCGGUUCGAGGAAGCGGAAAACACUCUCCGCCUGAUGCAGAACAAGCUGAAGGAGGAGGAGAAGCGCCUGCUCAAGAGCGGAGGUACCGAGGACUCAGACAUCGACAUCCAGGAGGAUGAGUCUGACAGCGAGCUGGAGGAGAGACGGUUGGCCAAGCCGCGCACGGCCAUGGAGGUGCUCAUGCAAGGAAGACCCGGCAAACGCAUCGUGGGCACAAUGCAGGGAGGCGACUCGGACGACGACACGGAAGCAGCACCAGCUCUCUUAGGUAAAUGCAAGACUUCCAGCUCCAAGAAGCAGGAGGACUCCGAGGACAGUGAGGUCGACAUGGAGGACGAGGAUGACGAGGACGACCUGGAAGACGAGAGCCUCGUGCUCACACCCAAGCCCGGCCGGAGGGCGCGGGAGCCAGAGCCGCUGGACGAGAGCGACAACGACUUCUGAGCCCUGAGCAGGCAGGGGCGCCGUCCUGGCCGCUGAGCCCGCAGCGCACUGCACGUCCUCGCCCACCCGCCCGUCCUCCUCCGGGGCUCAAACAAGGGCCAGAGCAAACCCCAAGGAUUUUUAUUUGCCUUAUUUAUUUUCUAGGACUUGGGAAGUGCGUGUGUCCCAGGGGCUCGCCGCAGCGGGACGGGCACGGGAGGAGGAGGUGCGGCAGCUGCGGGCCCUUCCCUGCCCGGCGGCCGCAGGCCGGCCCGGCGCGUGGCCAUGAGCGCUCGCCCAGCCGGAACGCGUCCUGCCCUCGGCCUGUCACUCUGGCCUGUGUUUCCCUUCCUGGGGUUAUUUUCUUGCCUCUGCGUGCUCACGCCAGGCAGCUGCUGUGCUUUGUUAACUCCAGAUACAAAGCGAGUUAGCAAAGUCAGGGGAGCGCAGCGGGGCUGCCGGUGGCAACUGCCCGUUUCCUUUCAGAAGGCUGACCCCCCCUGGGGGGGGCGAAGCAGGGCAGGAGCCGAUGGACAGGACUGUCCCCUCGACAGAGGGCUCCCUGCUGGGCUGGCUGGGGGGGGGGUCGCGGGUCGGGGGAGUUGUCAUGCGUGUCAGCGUAGGCCGCUUCCACGCGUUUUACAGUGACAAAGUCCAGAGACUUCUGAAGGUACUUGUCCCUUAAUAGUUGUAUUUAAUACCCUAUUUUCAUAUUAAAUAAGUUGUACGUGAAAGUAGUUAUUUUGUUUCUCCCUAUGGAAUACUCUUAAGAGCUCACAGGUUCCCAGGCUCUGUGUUGAUUUUAGGGGAGCAUGUGGCAGUUCUAGCGUGUUUGUUUCUUUCCUGUCUUUUCCGGAAUGUUAUGUCUGCGGUUCCUACUCCUGAAAAACACUUCGCGUUCAGCGAAUUCACCAGUGGUCGGAGAUGUGCCGCCCUAGCAGCCGAGGUGGACGGGGAGCGGGGCUGUCGGCAGCGCACGGCCUGCUCAGACGUGCAACGCCGUCGCUGCGUCGUCUUGGAAGUUACAGCUUUGGUUCACCUGAGCGUGGCCAGGCCUCUAGGCUGGAAACCAAAGCCGUGUUCAAGCUGGGCGCCUCCUGGCCGGGACGCUGCGGCCUGCUCCGAGCUCCGCUGACGGCAAAGCGAGGGGGAGGCUUUUUUUUUAACCUUUGAAAAGGGCUGGUUUGUUAGGAAAAGGAGAGAGAGAAAGGCACCUACGUAGUCACAGGUGGGCAGGAGAGCGCAGGAAAAACAAUUCAAAGGAGAUACAGGGCAGAGAGCAGGAGAGAGACAGAGCGGGUGGCGGGAAACAGCAAUUUUUUGUAACAUUAAAAGCAGGUGGAGGAGUCAGGGGUAGAAAAGCUGAAAUCGGAGCGUCUAGGGGGAGUGAACUCACCAAAGGCGGGAGAGCUCAGUCAGAAACGGGGUGCUGUGGAAGUGGGGGUGAGACUUAGGGCCAAAGACAGGUGCUGAGGUGAGUACUUGAGGCUGGCCCUUGUCUCCCAGGCAGCAGAUGGCCCCCUCCGCUCUGGCGGGUCGCGGGUUAGGGCGCAGGAGAGUCAGCACUGGAGAAGCUCUGGAAGCCGCACUGGGCACCGACGGGCGGUGAGAAGCCCAGCCCGGCCUCACUGCCCAGCUCCACACGUGCGCCAGCAGGCGGGAAGCAGCCCAGGCGGGAGGUGAAAGAUUCUUUUCUGCUGACACUGGGAGGCCCUAGUGAGGGGUUGGGAAGACAAAGUCGCUGACGCGCGGCCUCCUCGGCGUGGGGGCCUCCGUCACCGUUCACGUCUCCCAGUCCCACAGAGCUUCCCUCCCGCCCAGCUAACGCGGGUGGACAGCUAAGGGUUGCCGCACAUUUGUGAGCUGUCCCGUUGGAAAAGCAAAGCACAAUAAAUGAACAGAACCAAGGAAAUAGGAAGAAACAAGAAAAUUCAGAGAACUUUGGCCAAGUUCUAAUGUCCGCAGCUAUUAAAAUACCACAUCGGUGACACAGCACCAGUAGUAUUUUUUGAAAAUGUGCUAUCUGGAAAGUUUGGAAGGAAUGAAAAAGGUUAAAAAAUAGAAAAUUAAAAA